AUGUCUCGCAACGCUCUCGUCACUGGUGCUGCUCGAGGUAUUGGACGUGCGAUUGCCCUUCGUCUUGCUAGAGAUGGUCUCAAUGUUGCUGUGAAUGAUAUCAAAGCAAGUUCUUCAGGUCUCAACAAGGUUCAACAAGAAAUCGAAAAAAUGGGUCGAAAAUCUGUCGCUAUAACGGCUGAUGUUUCUGUUGAUAAAGCGGUCGAAACAAUGAUGCAGAGCGCUGCAAAAGAACUGGGCAGUUUAGAUGUAGGCACCUCUUCUUCUCGAUUCUUUCAUCUUUUUUUCUGGCUAAUAAUACAGGUCAUAGUCGCUAAUGCAGGAAUUGUCCAAGUGAAACCGAUCGUCGAUAUUACUACAGAAGAUUGGGAUAAGAUGUUUGCAGUCAACAUGCGGGGUGUGUUUCUUUGCUACAAAGAGGCUGCUAAAGUCAUGAUUGCGCAAGGUACGGGAGGAAAAAUUAUUGGUGCCUGCAGUACGCUUGGGCACAGACCAGCUCCAAUGCUGAGCCAUUAUUGUGCCAGUAAAUGGGGUGUACGUGGCCUUACACAAGCCGCUGCCAUGGAAUGGGCCAAGCACAAGAUUACAGUCAAUGCUUACUGUCCAGGUAUGUUUACUACCGUUUUUUUUAGAAAUACAAAUCUAAUGAUCAAAACAGGGUUUACCAAAACUGCGAUGGGAGAUAUGGUUGAUGAAGAAUUAGCAAAAAUCGAAGGAAAGCAAAAGGGAGACAUCAUCAAAUAUUACGAAAACGACAAAAUAGCUCUUGGUCGAAUAAGCAAGCCGGAAGAUAUCGCAAGCUUAGUGUCAUACUUGGCGAGCCAAGACUCGGAUUAUAUGACUGGACAGAGUGUUCUCAUUGAUGGAGGAACCACAUUUUCUUGA